UGUGCGCUUGGAUGGGUCGCUUCUCCCCCAGGGGCUGCGCGUGCUCGUGUGAAAAUGAGUCUACACUGCACCAUCCAGCAAUAAAGUGCUUCCGUGCGUCUGUCUGUACGGGGGUGGUGGUACCCUGCUUAGGAGCCGGCGGGAAGCCCCCAGCCCUGUAGUGGGACAUAAGCACCAUGCAAACGGUACUUAGUGUGUCACACCAGCAUUUUUCGCUCUGCUUUGUGGUUUUGACUCGAAAGAUUCCAUUUGUGCAGCAUCCCUCCUGUUUGCUCUUGUGAAGCGUAAUAGAAGGAUUUACGUCGGAAUUUCUGUAAUAUCUGGAUUUCCAAGGGGUUUUGAAGGAUGUUUGUCCCAAGAUCUCUCAAAGUCAAGAGGAAUGCUAAUGAUGAUGGCAAAAGUUGGGCAGCUAAGAAAGUUAAACCAGAAGCAGAAGACCUUCAGUUGGAUGAAGGCCGAGAGGGUCCAGUGGAUGGUGCAGUGGGCACGCCAGCCGGGCCCCGCCCCUCCCCAUGCCCCUCCCCGGGUCCAGCGGGCCCGAUGGCCAAGGUCGGUGUGGCUGGACCUGGGCAGGACGCAAAGGACAGCGGCCUUUCCGAAGAGCCUGUUAAGUCAUUUUCCAAAACCCAGCGCUGGGCAGAGCCCGGGGAGCCUGUGUGUGUGGUCUGCGGCCGGUACGGAGAGUACAUCUGCGACAGGACGGACGAGGACGUGUGUAGUCUGGAGUGCAAGGCGAGACAUCUCCUGACGGUGCAGGAAGAGGAAGAGAAGUUAAAACUCGGCGGGCCCCAGGGAGCCGACUCUGAGCCAGCGUCUCCACCGCAGGCAGGUUACGUCUACAAAGAGCACCCCUUCAUUUCGAACCUGCAGGGGGACCAGAUUGAAAAUCUUAAACGGCAGCUGGGAAUUGUAGUUCAAGGGCGAGACGUCCCCAGGCCCAUCAUUGACUUUGAGCAUUGUGGCUUCCCUGAGGCCUUAAAUCACAACUUGAAGGAAGCGGGCUACGAGGUCCCCACCCCCAUCCAGAUGCAGAUGGUCCCCGUGGGCCUGCUGGGCAGGGACGUCCUGGCCAGUGCGGACACCGGCUCGGGAAAAACGGCUGCGUUCCUGCUUCCUGUCAUCCUCCGAGCUCUGUUGGAGAGCAAGACCCCGGCUGCCCUCAUUCUGACACCAACGAGAGAGUUAGCCAUCCAGAUAGAGAGACAGGCCAAGGAGCUGAUGACCGGGCUGCCGCGCAUGAAGACCGUGCUGCUGGUGGGGGGCCUGCCGCUCCCCCCUCAGCUCCACCGGCUGCGACAGCAUGUCAAGGUUAUCAUAGCAACUCCGGGGCGACUUCUGGAUAUAAUCAAGCAGAACGCUGUAGACCUCUGCGGGAUAAAAAUUGUCGUAGUAGAUGAAGCCGACACCAUGUUAAAGAUGGGCUUUCAACAGCAGGUGCUUGACGUCUUGGAAAACGUGCCUCAGGAUUGUCAGACCAUUUUGGUUUCUGCUACAAUUCCAACCAGCAUAGAGCAACUUGCAGGCCAGCUUCUGCACAACCCUGUGAGGAUCGUCACCGGAGAAAAGAACCUGCCGUGUUCCAGUGUGCGUCAGAUUAUUUUGUGGGUAGAGGAACCAGCCAAAAAGAAAAAAUUAUUUGAAAUCUUAAAUGAUAAGAAACUCUUUAAGCCUCCGGUGCUAGUGUUUGUGGACUGCAAACUGGGGGCAGAUCUGCUGAGCGAAGCAGUUGAGAAAGUCACAGGUCUGAAAAGCGUGUCUAUACAUUCGGAGAAAUCGCAGACAGAGAGGAGAAACAUCCUGAAGGGACUGCUGGAGGGAGACUAUGAAGUUGUCGUGAGCACGGGGGUCCUGGGACGCGGCCUGGACUUGGUCAGCGUGAAGCUGGUCGUGAAUUUCGACAUGCCAUCCAGCAUGGACGAGUACGUGCAUCAGAUUGGAAGAGUGGGGAGAUUAGGUCAAAAUGGAACAGCGAUUACUUUCAUCAAUAACAAUUCCAAAAGACUCUUCUGGGAUAUUGCAAAAAGAGUAAAACCCACAGGAUCCAUUCUUCCGCCCCAGUUGUUAAAUUCCCCUUACCUUCAUGACCAGAAGAGAAAGGAACAGCAGAGGGAGAAACAGACACAGAACGAUCUGGUCACAGAGGCUAAUCUUAUGGCCAUUAUCAGAAAACAUGAUAAAAGUAAUUCUCAAAAAUGAUUUGUUAUACCACUUUGAAUAAUUUUAUAUUGUGUAUUGUCAGUGAAAUUUCUGUAUGUUAUCACUCUCCGGUUUGAGUAAAUGGCAAAUGUACAUGAAAUGAAAAAAUUUAACAUGAUUUAAAAAUUUUUAAUAGAAUAUCAAAUUUAUACAGCAAUAUUGUAUUUAUUUCCCUUUAUGCCACUUAUAAAUUAAAACAUCAGAAAUGAAUUGCUAAG